CGUCUCCCUGGAGCUGUCUGGUGUCUCCGAGGUUACGGAGUAUGGAUCCGGCUGGGCAGGGUGCAGAUUGGAGCGUGCACUUACCUCAGGACUGACCUAGCUCAGACGUGGAGAGGAACGCUCGCUGUGUGAGAGGAACAGCUGCACCCUCCAGCGUCCUGGCCUCCUGCAUGGUGCCCGCGCCCCUCCUCCACCCUCUGAGGCCGAGGUGAAGAUUUGGCUGGGUGUCGGUGACUUGCUGUCACCCAUAUCAUGCGUGCACUGCUAUUUAUAUGUCUGCUAAGUCCCAGGUGGACCGUGCUGGGGGCGGCCAGCCUCGCAGACAUCCACACAAGGAGCAGACGCGGCUCCCAGAGGAUCGCUGCUCCGGAGCAUGACUGCAGCUCUGACCACUUACUUCCACUGACAUUGGAUUCUUGGGCGUUUGCUGCAUUGUUGUCUGUGUAGACGCCACCAUGAUGAAGCGCAGGAGAGAGCAGCUUGGAGCCCCCAACCUCCGACUCCAAAUCUUCUGCCCACUGCAUCUCCAUGGCCGAGGAGGUGACGGGCAGCACCGCCUUCUAUCCCCAUCAUCCGCACCUAACCUCCAGCAUCUCACGGUGCCGUACAGCGCAGAUUGUGCGCUCAAUGCUGCUCCCUUUUUCACCUCUUCUCAGAUGCAGAGUAACCCCGGCAGCCCGCUACAAUGGAGCUGCCGCACCAGCAACCGCAAGAGUCUGAUCGUAGCGUCCAGCACGUCUCCCACCCUGCCUCGGCCACACUCCCCGCUCCAUGGACACACAGGAAGCAGCCCCCUGGACUCGCCCCGCAACUUCUCCCCUAAUGCUGCCGCCCACUUCUCCUUUGUCCCUGUGCGAAGGACGGAUGGGCGCCGCUGGUCGUUGGCAUCGCUGCCAUCUUCCGGAUAUGGAACCAACACUCCCAGCUCAACCGUCUCAUCAUCCUGCUCAUCUCAGGAGAAGCUGCACCAGCUGCCAUUUCAGCCGACAGCCGACGAGCUGCACUUCCUGACCAAGCACUUCAGCACCGAGAACAUCACCGACGAGGAAGGCCGUCACUCUCCAGCCAUGCGCCCCCGGUCCCGAAGCCUCAGUCCUGGUCGAUCGCCAGUCUUAUAUGAUGGAGAGAUUGUAAUGAUGAACCAUGUGUACAAGGAGCGGUUCCCUAAGGCCACCGCUCAGAUGGAGGAGAGGCUGGCAGAUUUCAUCACCGGCAAUGCCCCUGACAGUGUGCUGCCCCUGGGCGAUGGGGUCCUGAGCUUCAUCCAUCACCAGGUGAUCGAGCUGGCUCGUGACUGCCUGGCCAAAUCCCGAGAUGGGCUGAUCACCUCCCGCUACUUCUAUGAGCUGCAGGAAAACCUGGAGAAGCUGAUGCAGGAUGCCCACGAGCGCUCGGAGAGUUCUGAGGUGGCAUUUGUCACGCAGCUGGUGAAGAAGCUGAUGAUCAUUAUCGCCCGGCCGGCCCGGCUCCUCGAGUGUUUGGAAUUUGACCCCGAGGAGUUCUACCAUCUCCUGGAGGCUGCAGAAGGCCAUGCUAAGGAAGGAGAAGGCAUUAAGUCCGACAUCCCCCGCUACAUCAUCAGCCAGUUGGGGCUCAAUAGGGAUCCCCUGGAGGAAAUGGCCCAGCUGAACAGCUAUGACAGCAGCGCGGACACCCCCGAGACGGACGACUCUGUGGAGGGACGCAGCGCCGCUGUCAUGCCAGCUAAGAAGGCGCCCUCAGAAGAAGAGUUUGAGAACAUCAAGCUGAUCAGCAAUGGAGCCUACGGGGCGGUUUAUUUAGUCCGGCACAAGGAAACGCGGCAAAGGUUCGCAAUUAAGAAGAUCAAUAAGCAGAACUUAAUCUUGAGGAACCAGAUCCAGCAGGCGUUUGUGGAGAGGGACAUCCUCACCUUCGCUGAGAACCCUUUUGUGGUCAGCAUGUUCUGCUCAUUUGAGACCAAGCGCCACUUGUGCAUGGUCAUGGAGUAUGUGGAAGGCGGGGACUGUGCCACGCUCCUGAAGAAUAUUGGCGCUCUGCCUGUGGACAUGGCACGCAUGUACUUUGCAGAAACUGUCCUGGCGUUGGAAUAUCUCCACAAUUAUGGGAUUGUCCAUCGGGACCUGAAGCCAGACAACCUCCUCAUCACCUCGAUGGGUCACAUCAAGCUAACAGAUUUUGGUCUCUCGAAGAUUGGGCUGAUGAGUCUGACCACUAAUCUGUACGAGGGGCACAUUGAGAAGGACACCCGCGAGUUUCUGGACAAGCAGGUGUGUGGUACCCCGGAGUACAUCGCCCCCGAGGUCAUCCUGAGACAAGGCUAUGGGAAACCUGUGGACUGGUGGGCAAUGGGCAUCAUUCUCUAUGAGUUCUUGGUUGGCUGUGCCCCCUUCUUUGGAGAUACCCCAGAAGAGCUGUUUGGUCAGGUGAUCAGCGAUGAGAUUGCCUGGCCAGGCGGGGAGGAGGCUCUGCCAGCGGACACCCAGGAUCUCAUCUACAAGCUUCUCCGCCAGAACCCCCUGGAACGGAUGGGAACGGGAGGAGCGUACGAGGUCAAGCAGCAUCUCUUCUUCAAGGAUCUGGACUGGAAUGGGCUGCUCCGGCAGAAGGCGGAAUUCAUUCCUCAGCUGGAAUCUGAAGACGACACCAGUUACUUUGACACUCGCUCUGAGCGCUAUCAUCAUGUGGACUCUGAGGAGGAGGAUGAUACCAAUGAUGAAGAUUGUGUGGAGAUCAGACAGUUCUCCUCCUGCUCCCCAAGAUACAGCAAGGUCUACAGCAGCAUGGAGCGGCUGUCUAUUCACGAGGAGAAGACCCCACCGCCCGCAAAGCGCAGUCUCAGUGACGAAAAGGAUGACAAACUGGAUGCCUUGGGAGGCCUGAAGAACCGGGACCGGAGCUGGGUGCUCGGAUCUCCUGAAAUACUCCGCAAGCGCCUCUCUGCCUCGGAGUCCUCCCAUACAGAGAGUGAUUCCAGCCCCCCCCUCACGGUACGCAGGCGCUGCUCAGGUCUGGUGGACAUGCCACGCUUUGCCAUCUCCACAGAAGAGGAGCCACUGGCACAGAAGAAACUACUUCAUCAGGAAAAUUCAUCCACGCCAACGUUAUUUCGGGAAGGAUCCGUUUUGCAGCCGGUGGAGAGGGAGCUGAAACUGGAUGAAGAGUUAAUGCCGACUACACCGUCAUCCACCAUCAGCAACACCAGCAGCUCCACCACAUUGACUGCUGGCAGCACAGUGUCCGAUCAUAGCGGCCACAUCGCCUCCGACUUCAGCACUCCAAAAGCCAUCAGUGAUUUGGCGGUGAGGCGAGCCCGGCACCGGCUGCUUUCAGGGGACUCCAUUGAAAAGCGCACUUCUCGACCGGUCAAUAAAGUCAUCAAGUCUGCCUCGGCCACGGCCCUGUCGCUGAUGAUCCCCUCUGAUCACCAUGUGUGUUCCCCUCUGGUCAGCCCCAUGUCUCCACACUCCAUGUCCUCCAACCCAUCAUCCCGAGACUCCUCUCCGAGCAGAGACUUCUCCCCUGCCGUCUCCCACGUGAAGCCGCCAAUCCUCAUUCUCCGGGCAGGAAAGAAGUAUGGGUUCACUCUGAGAGCCAUUCGUGUGUACAUGGGGGAGAGCGAUGUCUACACGGUCCACCACAUGGUCUGGCAUGUAGAAGAGGAUGGUCCUGCGCACGAGGCUGGCCUGCAGGAAGGCGACCUGAUCACUCAUGUCAAUGGAGAGGCUGUCCAUGGGCUGGUCCAUACCGAGGUGGUGGAGCUGAUCCUGAAGAGCGGGAAUAAGGUCUCCAUAUCCACCACUCCUUUUGAAAACACUUCAAUCAAAGUUGGGCCGGCGCGAAAAGCGAGUCACAAGUCGAAGAUGGCGCGGCGCAACAAAAAGACCAAGACCAAAGACGGGCAGGAGAGUAAGAAGAAGAGUUCAUUGUUCCGGAAGAUCACCAAACAAGCAUCGCUCCUCCACACCAGCCGCAGCCUGUCCUCCCUCAACCGCUCCCUGUCGUCUGGUGAGAGUGUCCCGGGGUCUCCCCCCCACGUCUUGUCUCCCCGCUCUCCAACCCAGAGCUACAGGUCCACCCCAGAAUCCGCACACUCAGUUGGUGGAAAUUCUUCCCAGAGCAGCUCUCCGAGCUCCAGUGUGCCCAACUCCCCCGCCAGCUCGGCUCAUAUCCGGCCCAGCUCUCUGCAUGGGCUGGCACCAAAGCUUCAGCGGCAGUACCGCUCUCCGAGGAGGAAGUCUGCCGGUAAUAUACCACUCUCCCCUCUGGCACAUGCACCUUCACCUACGUCCCAGUCCACGUCACCUCAGCGCUCGCCCUCCCCAUUACCCGGACACGGCCUCGGCAGCUGUAACAUCCUUCAGUCCUUUCCAGUUAAACUGCAUUCAUCACCACCACUUUCACGACAGAUCUCCCGACCAAAGAGCACAGAACCUCCCCGGUCUCCGCUGCUGAAGAGGGUCCAGUCUGCAGAGAAGCUGUCCAGCUCUUUGUCAUCGGAGAAGAAGCUGCCUUCCUCUCGUAAGCACAGCCUGGACAUCUCCCACUCAGACUUCAAGAAGGAGCUGAUCCAGAGAGACCUGCAGUGUUUACCGGAGUCCCUGAGCGAGAGUGUCGGGGGGAAGGUCGGACUUGCAGAAAAGGGAACUUUGCAGAAACCUUCUCGGAAACUUGGUGCCAUCCGGCAUGACAGGGUGGAGAGGCGCGAGUCUCUGCAGAAACAGGAGGCCAUCCGAGAAGUGGAUUCUUCUGAGGAUGAAACCGAUGAUGGCUCCGAGGACAGUCAGGAAGGAAGGAGACCGGACAGGUCUAAGUUCAGAAGGGACCAGGAUUCUGGUUCUGGUUUUAGUGACGAGAAAGACUCUUUCCAGGCACGACCCAAGAGCAGGAGUGAUGAUGAUUAUUCCUUCCUGCCCCUCAUCUCCAGGAGUCGAAGUGAACCCAAAGCACCCUGUGUGCCCAUCCCUGACUCCGCCUCCAGUAAAUUUACAUCCCGUGCACUUGUCCCAGACCCCGCCUCCAGUCAGUUAUCAUGUGUGCCCACCCCUGACUCCGCCUCCAGUAAGUUUACAUCCUGUGCACUUGUCCCAGACCCCGCCUCCAGUAAUUUUACAUCCUGUACACUUGUUCCAGACCCCGCCUCCAGUGAAUUAUCCUCCUGUAUGCCUGCCUCUGACUCCGCCUCCAGUAAAUUUACAUCCUGUGCACUCUCUCCUGACUCUGCCUCCUGUAGGUCUAGAACACUCUCUCACACUUACUUUGAAUCUGCUGCCCACCUCCAAACACUAAAGCACAAUCCCAACGUGAAAAGUGAAGGAGCCGAGCCUCCCACUAAACCUGCCCUGGCACUGAGCCAAGAGAAAAGCCAGGAAAGCACCAGUGAACAGCCUGGUGAUGCCAAGCCUGGGACCAGCUGCCACCUAUCCAGUGCAGAAAGUUUAGAGGUGCUGCGAUCUACUCGCCACUCCCCACCACAGCCAGCACUUUGUCCUGUAGCUGCUCCAGAUGCCGACGUGCACAAUAACUCUGCGGUCAGCGACCACGCACCAUGCACUUUAGCUGCUCGUCCUAAUGGCAGCGCACCUGCCGGCUCCUCCAAAGGGCUCAGUGAAGAAGCUGCCGGCUCCUCCAAAGGGCUCAGUGAAGAAGCUGCCGGCUCCUCCAAAGGGCUCAGUGAAGAAGCUGCCGGCUCCUCCAAAGGGCUCAGUGAAGAAGCUGCCGGCUCCUCCAAAGGGCUCAGUGAAGAAGCUGCCACCUCCCCCAAAGGGCUCAGUGAAGAAGCUGCCACCUCCCCCAAAGGGCUCAGUGAAGAAGCUGCCACCUCCCCCAAAGGGCUCAGUGAAGAAGCUGCCGGCUCCUCUCACCCCAGCAGAGUCGCCAAAAGUGUCUUGGGGCCAGUAAAGCUACACAUACCUGGAACAAAGGAAAGUGGAGAUGUUCGUGCAAGGCAGAAGAGGCCUGAGAUUUUCCGCUCUGAGUCCAUGCAGGAGAACAUGAGGUCGGUUUGUGCAGAGGGAACGUUCCGGACAUGCUCAUCCCUGAAUGAGUGUACCAUGGCUGCCGUGUCCCAGAACAAAGACUGUCCUCCCCCUGCCAGAAGCCCGUUCCAGGGCCACAGUCAGCCAGCAGCCUGCUCUCAGUCUGUCAGCAGCGGGCUGAGCAAAGAGGGGAGUGAGGCCCAGAGAAGAAGCCCCCCGAACUGUCCACCCUUGCAUACAGACUCUCUGAGGAGAACAUAGCAUGAGGACUCCCGGACUCUCUCGACUUCCGGUCAGACUUCUCUUGGGACCUUUCUUUUCCUGUUUCCAGGAUCAUUUGCCUCAAUUCUCCCUGUUUACAGCUCUGACCUGCUGCUUGUAGAGAUGCAGGGUACGGAGCAGCGGCCCCUGUGUCCGGGCCACCUGUAGCAGAACAUUUCACAACUUCUUGCAAUUUUUUUUUUUCUUUUCCAAAGAAGGCAUAACUCGGUGUUUACUGCCACAGGGCGAUCAGGGUCCGAGUCCCCUGAGGUUUGGUGUAGAUUUAGGGCGAUGUACGUACCCCAGCUCCCUGUGAGGACCACAGCGGGUUUGGGUUCAGCAUUUCUAGGUAGAACAUGUUCAUAGAUUUAUUGUCCGGAGAACCCCGAUUUGUUGUGAAUGCAAGGACUGGCGACACGUUCCAGGGCUCAGCUCUAGGGUGCCCUCUUAUGGUUCAGUGUGGUCACCAGAGCCUGGCCUCAUUUUUAAGGUUUUAAUAUAUAAGGUACUCUCCAAUUUAAUAGUGACGAUCGCUGCUCCUUGUGUGAGGUCUCAUUACCCCGGGAGCUUGCUGAUAAAGGUCUUAGAAUCUAUUCAUGUGCAUAGUACCUAACCUGUUUGCUGUGUUUGUGUUCAGACCCUUCACCGGAGAGCGGGACGCUGCACUGUUCCAUCUCUGUCCUCCGCCAUUUAAUGUUUACAGCAUGUGGAUGAGACUGGUCUGGAGCUGAGGCACCGAAAACCACUCAGGCUAUGCUAAGGCAAUAAAGGUCCACCGCUUCAUGGGCCUCCUCCGGGUGUCGCAUCGUUUUCUCCCUCAUCUAUCUGGACGUUUGUUAGUUCUCAUUCACUUAUCUGUUAAUGGCCAAGACCAGGGAGAUGGUGGAAUGAGGUCCUAGCACCCCCAGUUACAGCCCCCACAAGAGAUGUGGAACCUGAGAAAGACCCAAGAUGAACUUAUUUUGAGGGGGAUUCUGUGGAGGAAGCGUCAUGUCCGGCCUCUGGUGGUCGCCUCUAUUUACAGCAGCCAAUAAACUGAUUUUUGCCUCUG